AUGGAAAGUAAACCAUUACCAUUAAUUGAUCCAGAAGAUGAAAUAGAUAAUUUAAAUUAUGAUAACUUAAGAAUAUAUGGCUAUAUAUUAUUAAUAUCAACUUAUGUAUUAUUUAUAAUUUCAAUUAAUUCAUUUUUUGAAUUAUGGAAAUUCAUAAUACAACCAUUAUACGGUGGAGAAAUGUAUUUUCAAUUAUAUACCAUAUUUAAAUUUAUAGAUGAUAUGAUAGUUAGAAUUUGGUGUAUUUAUAUUGUUUGUUGGUGGUGGGCCAUAAUAUCAUGGUGUGGACUUAAAUUAUUUAGACAUUCAAAAGGAAUUCAAGAUUAA